CAAAAGGGAAGAUUUUAAAACAAAUUAUUCCACCCAGCGGCCAGCGCGAGACGCCUCGUCAACCUCCGCUCGCUCACGAUACUGUCAAAGCAUCUCUCGCUCCACCAAACCAUAUAAACUGGCCAACUCUGUUAAGCACUAGAGCAGAUGCGCAGAGAAGUAACUCUUAUCUCCUUCUUGCUCAGUCUCAAUCAAGUGGUUAUUCUUCCUCCUUGUUAAAAUUAUGUUUGUCAAACUCCAGUUAGACACCAAUUGUCUCCUCAUUUUGAGCUCCACAAAGAAUUCUCCGAAAGGUGGUGUUUCACUUUCUUCGUCAGAAAAUGUUGAACCCUUCAAGAAGCGCAGAGAACAAAGAGGACUUGGAAGGACAAGGGCAGGUGUUAAAGGGCUUCACAGCGUCAGUCGACCCAACUGUGAUAAAAUCAGUGUUGUUGUUCAAGAACCAGGAUCCAGAAGUAAUGGUUCUGUCGCAGACCCAGAUGGGGGACAUAGAACUCACAAUAGAAAUAGUGUUAGAACUACAUAUACUAAGGAAAUUGGAGCCAAAUAUGGAAGAGCGUACGGUAACGGUGUGGUGGAAAAAGUGCCUGCCAAGUGUUCGACGAAAUGGGGGUCAUAUGGCGGUUGUAUACCAGCUAUUCUACAGGCUUUAGAGUCGAUUAGUGACUUAAAUGAGGCUUUUAAGCCUUGGGAGGAGACUAUUAGCAACAAAGAAAGGACAAUCAUCUUGAAAGAGCAGUCGAGCUGGGAACGUGCAUUGGAAAUUUUUGAGUGGUUCAAGGAGAAGGGUUGUUAUGAGUUGAACAUUAUUCAUUACAAUAUUAUGUUUAGGAUCCUUGGCAAAGCGAGACAGUGGACCCAUGUUCAGUAUUUGUGGAAUGAAAUGAAUAUUAACAGGAUAUUGCCCAUCAAUUCUACAUAUGGUACUUUGAUCGAUGUUUAUAGCAAAGGUGGUCUUAAGGAAGAGGCACUUAGUUGGCUUGCAAAGAUGAAUGAGCAAGGGAUGGAGCCUGAUGAGGUGACGAUGGGCAUUGUCGUUCAAUUGUACAAGAAAGCCGGGGAGUUUUUGAAAGCUGAGGAGUUUUUCAAGAAUUGGUCAGUAGGUGAAACUUUGGGGGAUAAAGGGAUUGCUGGGACAGCAGUUAGUAAAUCCAGGAGAGAUUCACAAGGACAAGCUUGUUUAAGCGCAUACACAUAUAAUACUUUGAUAGACACCUAUGGAAAGUCUGGGCAACUCAAAGAAGCAUCAGAAACUUUUGCACGGAUGCUUAAAGAAGGGAUUGUUCCAAACACGGUGACUUUCAACACAAUGAUUCACAUUUGUGGUAACCAUGGUCAACUAGAAGAAGUGGCUUCACUUAUGCAGAAGAUGGAAGAGCUUCGUUGUCCACCGGACACAAGAACAUAUAACAUUCUCAUUUUUCUACAUGUUAAGCAUGACAAUAUAAAUAAGGCAGCAAGCUACUUUAGAGAGAUGAAAGAAGCUUCCCUUGAGCCAGACCUUGUGAGUUACCGCACUCUCUUGUAUGCAUACUCAAUAAGGUGCAUGGUUGGUGAUGCUGAAGACCUUAUAUCGGAGAUGGAUGAGAAGGGCCUCGAGAUUGAUGAGUUCACCCAGUCCGCUUUGACUAGAAUGUACAUAGAAGCAGGAAUGAUUGAGAAGUCAUGGUUAUGGUUUAGGAGGUUCCAUCUUGCGGGAAAUAUGACUUCAGAGUGUUACUCUGCAAACAUUGAUGCAUUUGGGGAACAUGGAUAUAUUUCUGAAACAGAGAGAGUUUUCAGUUGCUGUCGAGAGGGGAAAAAGCUUUGUGUCCUUGUGUUCAAUGUGAUGAUUAAAGCUUAUGGGAUUGGAAAGAAUUAUGAUAAAGCAUGUAAGCUGUUUGACAGUAUGGAGAAGCAUGGCAUAGUUCCUGAUAAAUGUAGCUAUAAUUCUCUCAUACAGAUCUUAGCUAGUGCUGAUUUACCACACCUUGCAAAACCUUACUUGAGUAAGAUGCAAGAGGCAGGACUUGCAAGUGAUUGCAUCCCAUUCUGUGCUGUUAUCUCAAGUUUUGUGAAAUUAGGUGAAUUGAAAGUGGCAGAGGCACUCUAUGGGGAGAUGAUUAAAUGUGAUAUACAGCCAGAUAUCAUUGUCUAUGGUGUGCUCAUAAAUGCUUUUGCUGAUGUUGGAAGCAUUAAAGAAGCUAGGGCUUAUGCUGAUGCUGUGAACAAAGCCGGUUUGACCGAAAAUACUGUCAUAUACAAUUCCUUGAUCAAGCUCUACACAAAAGUUGGCUACUUGAAAGAAGCGGAAGAAACAUACGAAUUGCUUCAAUUGUCAAAUGAGGGUCCUGAUAUUUAUGCCUCAAACUGUAUGUUAGAUCUCUACAGUGAGCGCUCGAUGGUCAAACAAGCCGAGGAGAUUUUUGAGAGCUUGAAGAGGAAGAAUGAAGCAAAUGAGUUCACAUAUGCAAUGAUGUUGUGCAUGUACAAAAGAAUUCGUAGGUUUGGUAAGGCCAAUCAGAUUGCAAAAGAGAUGAGAGAACUGAAGCUUUUGAAUGAUUUGUUGAGUUAUAAUAAUGUGCUUGGGUUGUAUGCAAUGGAUGGGAGGUUCAAAGAGGCUGUGGGAACCUUCAAGGAAUUGCUGAAUGCUGCUCUUCGACCUGAUGAUUGUACAUUCAAAUCACUUGGACUUGUUCUGAUUAAGUGUGGAGUUUCAAAACAGGGUGUAGGCAAGUUGGAAGUUGCAAUCAAAAGGGAUCCUCAUCAUGGUUUGCAGGCAUGGAUUUCUGCUCUCUCUUCUGUUGUUGGGUUGGUUGAUGAAGAUGAUGCCUGGCAAUGAUCUCUAACCCAAACUUGGUACCAAAUUUUCUAGCAAGUUCUGUGUCUGCAAAGAUACACAAUGUAUAUUGUAUAAUGUAUCAAGCUAUGUAUAAACUCUGAGCAAUCAGUUAUUUUAUUUGGUGUCA